UCUCUCCCUCCCUCCUACCGAGAACGCGCUCCUCCCGCGCUCUCCUCGCGCCGGGUGGUGUUCGGUGUCGGAGCGGCGCACUCAGCGGAGCUCCUGCCGCCAGCGGCUCUUCAGCGCCGCGACUCCUUGGCGCGGCAUCGGCUCCUCGGCGGGUCCUCGGCGGCCCCGGCCCUCGCCCUCAGCGCACCGCACCUCACCGCUUCUCCCGCCCGCCCUCGCCGCUUCUCCCGCCCUUCGCCCGCCGGCGGCCGCCUGGCUUGGACGGGGUGGGAAGAUGGAGGCGCCGCGUCUGGACCGCGCGCUCAGCAGCCCCAGCAGCCCGUGCGAGGAGGUGAUCAAGAACCUCAGCCUGGAGGCCAUCCAGCUGUGCGACCGCGACGGUAACAAAUCACAAGACAGUGGCAUAGCAGAAAUGGAAGAACUUCCUGUUCCACAUAACAUUAAAAUAAGCAACAUUACAUGCGACUCAUUCAAGAUUUCAUGGGAAAUGGAUUCAAAAUCAAAGGACCGCAUCACACACUAUUUCAUUGACCUCAACAAGAAAGAGAACAAGAACUCUAAUAAAUUUAAACACAAGGAUGUUCCAACAAAAUUGGUUGCAAAAGCUGUUCCCUUGCCAAUGACUGUUCGUGGACACUGGUUUUUGAGCCCAAGAACUGAAUAUACGGUAGCAGUACAGACCGCCUCAAAGCAGGUCGAUGGCGAUUACGUUGUGUCUGAAUGGAGUGAGAUUAUAGAGUUCUGUACAGCAGAUUACUCAAAAGUUCAUCUAACACAGCUUUUGGAGAAGGCUGAAGUGAUUUCAGGACGUAUGCUCAAGUUUUCUGUUUUUUAUCGUAACCAGCACAAAGAGUAUUUUGACUCCAUUAGAGAACACCACGGGAGUGCUAUGCAGCCUUCUGUCAAGGAUAACAGUGGCAGCCACGGCUCACCCAUCAGUGGUAAACUGGAGGGCAUCUUCUUCAGCUGCAGCACCGAAUUCAACACUGGGAAGCCACCCCAGGAUUCACCUUAUGGAAGAUACAGGUUUGAGAUUGCAGCAGAAAAACUCUUCAACCCCAAUACUAACUUAUACUUUGGGGACUUCUACUGUAUGUACACUGCUUAUCAUUAUGUGAUUCUUGUCCUUGCCCCUGAGGGCUCACCAGGAGAUGAAUUUUGUAAGCAGCGCCUUCCUCAGCUCAAUUCCAAGGAUAACAAGUUUCUGACCUGUACAGAAGAAGAUGGGGUGCUGGUGUACCACCAUGCCCAGGAUGUCAUUUUAGAAGUCAUUUACACUGACCCCGUGGAUCUUUCUCUGGGCACCGUGGCAGAAAUCACUGGUCAUCAGCUCAUGAGUUUGUCUACUGCAAAUGCAAAGAAAGAUCCCAGCUGCAAAACCUGUAACAUCAGUGUUGGACGCUAGCGCCCACUCUUCCUGUCCUCCUGCCCUGUCCCCCUAGGAACACGGCCCCCGUUGUUCACUUUCAUCAUUGGGUGUUGUCCACUGAAGCAUGCACAUGCCGCUGCCACCAAAAGCAAGCUCCACUGUUGAAAUUUCAUCCAGACCUUGUCAGUGUUUCCUACCCCACCCUUUACUCUCAGUGAUGAAAUGUCCUAGGUUGUCUUUCUGACACUUUAUUUGCCUAGAUGCUGCAAUGGUUUUUUUUUUUUUCCUUUAUGCAAAACUUAACAAGACAGUUAUAUAGACUGCUUUAGCAAAGUACAAAAUAAUGGCUUAUAAUGGUGUUUAAAUAUGCAUCCAUUUUAAUCUACUGAACAAAUAUUGGGAUAACUCCAAACCGCAUGAAAGGGUGUAAUUGCAGCAUGAGUUAAACUUAAAGCCUAGAAUUGUCAGCACUUCCAACUUGUUGUUUGACAGUGUUAUUUAUGUUAUUUAUAUUAGCUAACAGGAAACAACUACUGUGUUUCAACAUAAUAAAUAUAAUAGAAAAAUAUUUUAUUUGUAUGUUGUAUAAAAUAUUUACAGUUAUAUAGAAUAUAUAGUUACAUUUUAAUAGCAAUUGUAUACAUCUCACGAAACCAUUUCCCUUAUCAAAGAUGUAAUUUGUAAACCUCAAAUGGUUGUGUAUCUAUCCUGUUACAAGUAGAUGACUUCAAUUAGACGGUUAUAAAGGA